AUGUCUGGGUCCCGCGCGGAAGCUGAGCAGAAGGGGGGCUCCAGACAGCGACUUCAGGUGAAUGUGAAUGAAUAUAAGGAAAACCAAAACAUCGCUGAUACAUCUCUGAGACCGCUACAGACUACAGUUUUAGGAAAAAUAGCUAAGGUGUAUCUGGUCCCCUUUUCACUCAGUAGCUACAAGACAGGCCAACUUAAGCGCCCCAAAUCCCUAUUAGAUAAGAAUUCUAACAAUGAAGUGACAUGUAAGAAAUCUAAGAAAGCUGAAAUAAAGGAAAGUUGCAGAAGGAUUUUAACUCCAAAGAUGGAAGCCACAUCUUCCAAGGAAGAAUCCACUCUGCAAAAAUCAUCCUUGGAUGUUCAUGCUGAAAGCAACAAAUGGCAGUACAAGAGCCCUUCAGAUACAGUGGUUCUCAGUGCUGAUACAGAAAGCAGCCAGGAAGGAGACAGUGAUGAAGACACCACACCAGGCCUGGAUGAUUUUUCAGAAUUGUCACCAUACGAAAGGAAGAGACUGAAGAACAUAUCAGAAAAUGCAAACUUUUUUGCUUCUCUUCAGUUGUCUGAGUCAGCUGCAAGGCUCCGUGAAAUGAUAAAUAAGAGACAGCCUUCUGAAUCCAAAAGGAAGAAGCCCAAGAAAAAAGAAAAUGGAACUGGGUGUAGAAGGUCGAUGCGAUUACUAAAAGUUGAUCCUUCAGGAGUGCCGUUGCCAGCAGCCCCAGCCCAGACAGCAUUAGAAGUAGAUGAAAAUCCUUUGAUACCUCCCGGGCCUUUAGAAAUGACUCCUGAAAAUCGAGAUGAUGACGAUGAACUAUUUAAAGGAUUUUUGCAGACUUGGGCAGAACUGAGCAAGACAAGAAGUAAAGACACUGAGAAGGAAUUAUCUAGCAUUAAAAGCUACAAAGUCAAUUUAAAUGGCAUGGUCAUUAGUGAAGAUACUGUCUGUAAAGUUACCAGAGGCUCAAUUACCUCAAUGGCCAUCCACCCAUCAGAAAUGAGGACUUUGGUGGCAGCUGGGGCCAAAUAUGGGCAAGUUGGACUUUGGGAUUUGACUCACCAACCUAAAGAGGAUGGAGUUUAUCUUUUUCAGCCCCACAGUCAACCGGUUAGCUGUCUUUACUUCUCACCUGCCAAUCCAGCUCACCUUCUGUCACUGAGCUAUGAUGGCACAUUACGCUGUGGGGAUUUUUCCAGGGCUGUUUUUGAAGAGGUAUAUAGAGAUGAAAGAAGAAGCUUUUCCUCCUUUGACUUCUUGACAGAAGAUGCCUCCACUUUAAUAGUAGGUCACUGGGAUGGACGUAUGUCACUAGUGGAUAGGCGAACUCCUGGAACUUCUUGUGAGAAACUUAUCAAAUCUUCUUUGAGCAAAAUAAGAACUGUUCAUGUGCACCCAGUGCAUAGACAGUAUUUUAUCACUGCGGGAUUAAGGGAUAUUCAUAUUUAUGAUGCAAGAUGCCUGAAUCCCAGUAGAAACCAGCCUCUGAUUUCUUUAACUGAACACACAAAGAGCAUCGCUUCAGCCUAUUUUUCACCUCUUACUGGUAACAGAGUAGUAACCACAUGUGCUGACUGUAAGCUGAGAAUCUUUGACAGCAGCUGUAUAUCCUCGAAGAUUCCUCUUAUCACCACUAUCAGGCACAACACCAUCACUGGGCGAUGGCUGACCAGGUUCCAAGCUGUGUGGGACCCUAAACAGGAAGACUGUGUCAUAGUUGGCAGCAUGGCCCAUCCACGGCGAGUGGAAAUCUUCCACGAGACAGGAAAGUGGGUGCACUCUUUUCUGGGUGGAGAAUGCCUUGCCUCUGUGUGUUCUAUCAAUGCUAUGCACCCAACUCAGUAUAUUUUGGCUGGAGGUAAUUCCAGUGGGAGGGUACAUGUUUUUAUGAAUUAA